UUCGUGGGACGGCAGCGGCGUCGACUCCGGGCCGGGCCGGGCAACGCAGCGCAGGGCCAUGGCCGAGGCGGCCGCGGCUCCGACUUCUGAAUGGGAUUCCGAGUGCCUUACAUCCUUGCAGCCCCUUCCUCUUCCUACACCCCCAGCAGCAAAUGAGGCACACCUACAGACUGCAGCCAUCUCCCUGUGGACAGUGGUGGCCGCCGUGCAGGCCAUAGAGAGGAAGGUGGAGGUCCACAGCCGACGUCUCCUACACCUAGAAGGCAGGACAGGGACAGCAGAGAAGAAGCUAGCCAGCUGUGAAAAGACAGUGACCGAUCUUGGGAGCCAGCUGGAGGGCAAGUGGGCCGUGCUGGGGACUCUGCUGCAGGAGUAUGGGCUGCUGCAGCGGCGCCUGGAAAACUUGGAGAACUUAUUAAGAAACAGGAACUUCUGGCUCCUGCGGCUGCCCCCAGGUAUUAAAGGAGAUGUCCCAAAGGUGCCUGUGGCAUUUGAUGAUGUCUCCAUCUACUUCUCCACUCCAGAGUGGGAAAAGUUGGAAGAAUGGCAAAAGGAGCUUUACAAGAAUAUCAUGAAGGGAAACUAUGAAUCUCUUAUCUCCAUGGAUUAUGCCAUGAACCAACCUGAUGUCUUAUCUCAGAUUCAACCAGAAGGAGAACAUAAUACAGAGAACCAGACAGCACCAGAGGCAAGUGAAAUUCCUGCAGACCCCAGUGAAGAGCCUGGUCUUUCAACAUCAGAUAUUCUGUCUUGGAUUAAACAAGAGGAAGAGCCUCAGGUUGGGGCCCCACAGGAGUCCAAGGAGAGCGAUAUCUACAAAGGCACCCAUGCAGAUGAAGAGCUCGUCAUCAAAGCCGAGGGCCUUGCUAGAGCCUCCUUAUGCCCUGAAGUUCCUGUUGCGUUCUCUGCUCCAGCACCACCAGCAGCAAAGGAUGCUUUUUCAGAUGUGGCUUUCAAACACCAGCAGUCCACUCCCAUGACACCUUUUGGACGUGCAGCCAGUGACUUGCCUGAAGCCUCAGAGGGACAAGUGACUUUUACUCAAUUGGGUAGCUACCCUCUCCCACCUCCAGUUGGGGAGCAGCUGUUCUCGUGCCACCACUGUGGCAAGAGUCUAAACCAGGACAUGUUGCUGACUCAUCAAUGUGGCCACACUAGCGAGCAUCCCUUACCCUGUGCCCAGUGCCCCAAGCACUUUGCCCCACAGACGGACCUUGGCAGCACCUCCCAGGACCAUGCCAGUGAGCCACCCCCCACCUGCCCACAUUGCGCCCGGACUUUCACUCACCCAUCAAGACUCACCUACCACCUUCGGGUCCAUAACAGCACUGAGCGCCCUUUCCCCUGUCCGGAUUGCCCCAAGCGCUUUGCUGACCAGGCGCGACUCACGAGUCAUAGGCGGGCUCACGCCAGUGAGAGGCCCUUCCGCUGCACACAGUGUGGCAGGAGCUUCAGCCUGAAGAUCAGCCUCCUGCUACAUCAGCGUGGGCACGCACAGGAGCGCCCAUUCUCCUGCCCUCAGUGUGGCAUCGACUUCAAUGGCCACUCGGCCCUGAUCCGCCACCAGAUGAUCCACACGGGCGAGCGGCCAUACCCCUGCACUGACUGCAGCAAGAGCUUCAUGCGCAAGGAGCAUCUGCUCAACCACCGGCGGCUGCACACGGGUGAGCGGCCCUUCCAGUGUGCGCACUGCGGAAAGAGCUUCAUCCGCAAGCAUCACCUCAUGAAGCAUCAGCGCAUCCACACGGGCGAGAGGCCCUACCCCUGUGCCCUCUGUGGCAGGAGCUUCCGCUACAAGCAGACGCUUAAGGACCACCUGCGUUCGGGCCACAAUGGAGGCUGUGUGGGCGAAAGCGACCCUGCCACACGGCCCCCCGACCCACCCGGUCCACUCCUAGCUGGCCUUGAAACCUCUGGCCUGGGUGUUAGCACGGAAGGUCUAGAGACCAAUCAGUGGUAUGGGGAAGGGAGUGGAGGGGGUGGGUUGUAAGUCUGGUUUAGCUACGCUCACGACAGGACAGAAAGUCUAUAUGAAGCCCCCAAGCCCUCCACCACUCGCAGUAAUUAUUAUCUGACGCAUAAGAGAUUUGGUUCCUCUAUACUCCACUGGAGAUAUGCUUAUGUUUUGGAACUUAACAAAAGUACAAUACCAGAAAUACAGAAAGACCUGGAAAGGAGCCCCGCAGCCCCAUCUUUUCAAAGAUACCACAAAAACAGAAGUCAAAAAUAUUACAGAGAGGUUGGGAAGCAAGAGUCAACCUCAGUUUAUCCUGUUCCAGGAAAGCAAAAUGAGAACGGACUGCGUCUAGGUAGAGAUAAGUGCAUGGAAAGAGCCCUCAAGCAUGAAGCAGGUCAUCAGGCAUGAGAAUGUGCCAGGCCUUUCAUUAAUUCCUCCAGGUGAGGUAACUUUGGAAGAAUGGGCCUUAGCCACUGUUUAUGUUGCUGCCUCCUGGACACCAGCCGGGCUCUGUUCACACAGCUGCGCAGCCGCCUGUCCCUGAAACAGGAGGACUGAGACUGCCUCCUAGCUUUCCCACCUUGUCUUUUAAUACAUUCUGUCAAUACCUGCGAACAAAAACCCGACUUAAAUAGCUUAUUUAGGAGAACAGUUCUUAACUUUUGCUGGCUUGGUUCGAAGCAUUCAAGCUGUUGUAUUGGUAUUUAAACUGUCAGAAAUCUUUGCCAAGGUCCUGGUUAGAAAAUUGGAAGCAGAGUUCUCAGCCCAGCUUUAAAAGCUAGAGAUCCCAAGAAGUAGCUGGUGUAACAAUCAUAGAACUGCUUAAA